AUGCUUCGACGCCUCACUGCUCGGCCGCUCUUCGCCCACCGCGCACUCGCUGCCGGUUACGUCACAGCCUCUCCUGCGCGCUACCAGGCCACCACCUCCAGCGCCAGCGAGACACCGAGAGACAACAGCAGCAACACCAAUACGAAGUGGCGCCGCCCAUCUUUCGCGCAGCAGCGCGCCCGUCGACAACAGCUGCCGCCCGCCUUCGACGUGGUGCACUGGAACGAGGAGGACAUGAGCCGUGGUCACCUGCUACGCGUGCUGCACCGUGACAGCUUCGUUGUGCUCGACUACCACCGUCAGGCGAAGAAGAUUGGAGAGGAGGGCAACAAGGCGGAGCGCGUCGUGUCGGUGAUGCUGCCGGCGGUGUACACGGCACGCUUCCUCGGCGUGCUGGAGGGGCGCGCCGACAAGGUGGAGGUGCAGUCGCGCUACACUAACGCCGUCUUCGCGCCCAACCCGCAGGCGCCGCACACCUUCACGCUGAAGUGCACCUCCACAAAGCCGCCCCAGCAGCGGCAGGAGGGAGCGAUGGACGGCAACGGCAGCAGCGAUACGUUCGAGUGGACCGUCGACUUCGACGCGGCGGAGUCGCUCAUGCUGCACCGCUUCCUCUCGCAGGCACUGCACUACAACACCGGCUUCGCUCGCACAGUCGUAUAG